AUGGUAACGCGGCAGGAUGGGGAGUCCGUGGUGACUCAGCACCGUGCACAGUUGGAAGGUGACGACUGGGAUCUGAUGCUGGAGCGAAAGCGUAGUGCGCUGUGCGAGGCGUUUGAUGCAGAUGUCUGUGAGGCGCUGAGUGUACCUCGUGGCUCCGUCGUGGAUGUGGAUUUGUCUCUGAAGCCUGAGGGUCUUGCAGCUCUGUUUGGUCUCCGACACAGGCCUUCGCUGCGUAAGGGCGAUGUGAAUAAGCGUCUUGCUCAGUGUGGCUUUUUCCGGACGUGGAAUUUGUACGAGCCCCGCACACAGCCGCCUGCAGGUUCCGCUGCUGCGCCUCUUACUGCCAAGGAGGGCAUGUUGCCUGUGCUACGCGCCAGUGAGGAGUGCGAUGUGACUCCGGGUAAACCACAGUCGUGUGACGUGGUACCUUCAUGUGGUGUCGCAGAGGAGUGCUCUCUUGUAAGGGAAGUUCCUGGUUUGCCGGGCACUUCUGCUUUUCCAUUAAAGUUGGUAGUUGAUGCCGAGGCGCAGGGUUUGAAGAAGGGUGCGGCAACGCCAAUACCAUCAACGGGUGGUGAAGUAGUCGAUAAAGGUGAAAGUUGUAGUCACUCGUUACGGUUGGGGGAUUCAUUACGUUUUUUGGCUACUUAUCGUGUCGGUUUUGUCGGAUGUGAUUGGAAGAUAGUUGUUGAGAAGGAUUUGGUGCGUUUGAAGAAUUGCUUUGUGCGUGAUGUCUUGGAUAUUGGCGGUGUUUUUCCAAAGUCGGUGGAAAAUGUUUCGUAUGCUUUAUCAGGGGAUGCCGUUGUUACUGUCCUGUUGGAGCAUGCAGCUUCGUUAUCACAAGCUGACGUGCUUCACUUGUUGGAUGAAGCCCCUUUUUCAGCUAUGUGGCAUCUCCAUGACGAGUGUGUUGCACUCAAAAGCGUUGCUCGUACGACGACAUUUCAUCGCGUUGGGUUUGUGGGAUCAGACUGGGCCAGUGGGGUUCAGCCUGAAAUUGUGGCCUCUGCGUUUCUGAGAGACGUUGUUGAUGUGCUGGAUGUCAUGCCUGAGGACGUGCGGAUCGCGGCGUACCGCAUUUGUGAGAACCUUGUGGUCGACUUUUACGUGGAACAUAGUUCUUCCAUGAGUGAGGCGCGUAUUGAUGAGCUGUUGAACGGAGCUCCGUUUGAUCGUGUUUGGGAGUCUUACAAAUCUGGGCAAACACCCGUCAUGCGUGAAUUGGAGCCGGUUCGGGUGCCGGUGCGGCCAGCCGUACCCCGUAGAAGCCUUAAUGCACGGAGAAUCAGUGUCGGCAAACCAUACUACCCUGCGCAUUUUAAUAAAAUGACCAAAUAUCCUCGGCCCGGGCUGCGGUACCGGAAGUCAACGAGCGACAAGGAUGGAGACGCCAGAGGGUGUGGGGAGUUGCUUUACAUGCCGCUAGAGAGGCCUGUGCCGUCGUGGGAUUAUGGUAUAGAGCUUCCGAGAGUUGUAGCAAAGGAUCGUAGUAUGCGUUGGCCGCUGCGCACUGAUUUUAGCACGGCGCGGCAGGAGCGACGGGUGAAUCUGAGAGAGCUAAACGAGGUGCUGGGGAUGCAGCGACAACAAUUGGCACGAAAUCAGACUCGAAGUGGAAAUACCCCGGACGUGGGUUUGAUGCCUCUCUACCACAAUCUUGAGGCUAUGCGGUGGGAGGAAACGAAGGAUCCCCUGUGCCCUUAUCGCACGCAAUUCAGGUACCCCCCCUUUAACUGA